AACUUUUUUUUUUUAUGUGGGGGUGCACACCUGGGUGUUUUCCAGCAUCAAUGGAGACCAUGAUCAUGGGCUUUAUCUUCCUUCCAAUGUUGUUGAUGCAAUGCUUCAUGGUUGCCUUAGCCAUGUCUCAACAAAACUUGACCACAGACCAAUAUGCUCUUCUUCAAUUCAAAGCUUCCGUUACUUCUGAUCCCUCGAAUAUCAUGUCCUCCAAUUGGUCUUCUUCGGCUACCUCAAUCUGUAAUUGGGUUGGUGUUUCUUGUGGUGCUUUUCAUGGUAGAGUCACAGCCUUGGAUCUUCCAAACAUGAAUCUCACUGGCAGCCUCCCUCCUCACUUGGGAAACCUCUCAUUUCUUGUUUCCAUCAACUUGAGUGGAAACAGUUUCAAUGGCCAUCUGCCUCCAGAAUUAGGGAAGCUACAGCAUUUAAGGUUCAUGGACUUGAGCUCCAAUUUUCUUAACGGAAGCAUCCCAGGGGAAAUACCAAAGGAGAUAGGUAAUCUUCAUAAUUUGGAGAUACUUUUAGCAAGAAAUGCAAACCUAUCAGGUCUAAUUCCACCAAAUAUCUUCAAUAUCUCUUCCUUAGGAGGGAUUUAUCUCCACACAAAUAACCUUUCUGGUACCCUUCCUGUUGAUUUGUGCUACCAUUUGCCAAAUCUUGAGGCGCUUUAUUUGGGUGAGAAUCAAUUAAAUGGCUCAAUUCCCUCAAGUAUAGGUAGAUGCAAGAAGCUUCAACUGUUAGAUCUAGACACUAACAGUUUCACCGGAUACAUCCCAAGAAGCAUUGGGAACUUGUCCAAACUUGCUAAAAUAUAUCUCUAUGACAAUGACUUUGAAGGGGAAAUACCAAAGGAGAUAGGUAAUCUUCAUAAUUUGAAGAUACUUUCAGCAGAAAAUGCAAGCCUGUCAGGUCUAAUUCCACCAAAUAUCUUCAAUAUCUCUUCCUUAAAAUGGAUUUCUCUCAACGAAAAUAACCUUUUUGGUACCCUUCCUAUUGACUUGUGCUACCAUCUGCCAAAUCUUGAGCACCUUGAUUUGUAUGAGAAUCAAUUAAAUGGCUCAAUUCCCUCAAGUAUAGGUAGAUGCAAGAAGCUUCAGCAGUUGGAUUUAGACACUAAUAGAUUCACCGGAUACAUCCCAAGAAGCAUUGGGAACUUGUCCAAACUUGCUCAAAUAUAUCUCUAUGACAAUGACUUUGAAGGAUCAUUCUAAUGCAAACUCCCUUAAUUUUUUUGAGUUUAUUCUUCUUUAUUGUACUUUCCUUUCAAAGUUGUAGAUUCUCAAAGUAGAAAACAACCAACUUAUAGGAACUAUAGUUAUAAAUAUUGGGAACUUAA